AUGGCUAUGGAGAAUUUCCAAUGCAGCAUGAAGUUGGUUCAUUGUCUGUGUCUUUCUCGAAUAUUCACCAAUGAUCGAGACUCCAUUAGUUUCAAGAUUUUUGGUCAUGAUGUUUCCUUCACCCUUGAAGACUUUCACAUUAUGUGUGGUUUGCGGAUCACAACACAUAAUGUUGAAAAACCAAUUAAUCGAGAGAGAAAUAUUCUGAAGCGGUAUUUUGGUAAGUCCAAGGGUGUGACUUUGAAGGAUAUUCGAAGUUUUAUGACUCGCAAUGAAAUUCCAAAGAAUGUUGUGAAUCACGUACACGUAUGUGAGAGUAAUGAUGAUGUUGUUAAGCUUAUGGAAAUUCUUGUUGUAGAGUCUAUUUUGUUUGGGAAAAAUACCGAGUCAUGUGUGAUGGAGGAGUAUGCAUAUAUUGUUGAAGAUGAUAAGGUUUGUGCUGAAUAUCCUUGGGGUAAUGUGGAUUAUGAGAAGCUCAUUUAUUCACUAAAACAUGCAUUGGACAAGAAGAACAAAUUACAUACAACUGAGUAUAAACUUGGUGGAUUUCCAUAUCCGUUAUGUGCUUGGUUCUAUGAGCGCUUCCCAGAUGUUCGAGAGAGAGAUAUCGCGACUUUAGGGUAUUGGAUAUAA